AUGCGCAAUGCCUUUCGACCAGAGCGCAGACGUGAAUGGGCGGCCCGCGCACGCGCAAAGACCCACGUCGGGGGCGCUGCCGGGGCCACGCCCCCUGCCUCGCUCCCGCUGCGCCUGCGCAACUCGGUCCUGCCGCGGCGGCCAGACGGGACCGGGUCAGGCCCGGAGGAGCCGUGGGUUGGGUGGGUGGGAAAAGGCAGCCUCUCACGUGCAGUGGAUGUUGCAGGCGUCUCCACAGUGCACGAAGAAGAGGAUGAAUCGGAAGCAACCUCAGUGUCAUCUGGAGAGAGCCGGCCAUCCACGCCCUCUGCCAACGGGUACCCAGGUCCCAGGAGCAAGGAGCUGAGGUCGGCAGUAUCGGAGCCCCAGCAGGAGGUGGCAGCAGAGGAGGGGGAUGCCGGCCAGGGGCACUUGGGCUCCCCGCAGGCCCCCAGCCCUGAGUGGCAUGAAUGCCCUGAGUGCGGGCGCGGCUUCGGCACCUCGCGGGCCCUGAAGGUGCAUCGCAGCUACCAUGUGGGCCGGAAGCGGCCGCACACCUCCUCCUCCAAGCCGCCGCCGCCCCGGCCGGCCCCACCCUCUGCUGGAGACCCAGAGGGCCGCGAUGCCAGGCCUGUGCCCCCCUCACCCCGAGCUGGAGCCUUCCACUACAUCUGCGCUGAAUGUGGCCUGGGCUUCGCCUCGCCUGCCUCCCUGGAGGCUCACCGCUGUGAACAUGGCUGGCGCCGCAGCCCCCCGGCCCCGCCCCGCAACAAAGGGCCCCCUGCCCCGUCCCGCGAGGCCAAUGGCGCCCGGGAUGCCGAGGGAGCAGACGGACCUUACCACUGUACCGAGUGCCCGGGCGAGUUCGGCUUGGUAGCGGAUCUGCAUGAGCACUACAUGCUGCAUGCCCGAGGGGAGCUGUAGCUCCCUACCUUGCUAUGGCGCUGGGGGGUGGGGAAAGUGGGAGUGAGAUGGAUGGUGACAGUGGUGUGAUGUGUGGGUUGGACGGCAGUGGGUUCCACAGGCUGGGGGUUGGUGUGUGCGGUGGGAUUUGUGGGUUGGAUGGUGGUGGAUGGGGCUCUGUGGGAGGAUAUGAGGGAGCCAGAAUGGUGGGUGCGGUGGGAUCCACAGAUGAGAAUUGGUGGCUGCUGUAGUAGGAGAGAGGAGGGUGGAUGCAGUGGGAUCCAUGGGUUGGGUGAUGUUCGCAGUGGUUUCUGCACCUGGGGGUUGGUGGCAGUGAUGGGAUCUGGAGUCUUGAGCCCCUGAGACAGAAAUGGGGGCCGGGGACCCCCCCACACUUCCUUUAUUCUAGUUGAUUUGUAGAUUCAAGUUACUCUGACGAGGGCCCCAGACAGCCUGGCCCUAUCUUUCCCUCCUGCAGACCAGGGCCUCCCAACCUGCCCCCCAGACCUCAGAGAGGGGAGCCCCAUUGGGGGCUCAGACCUGGCAAUCUCCACUCACCCUUGGGGCCGCAAGAUUGUGGAGCUGGAGGGGCCCAGCCCCCCUCCCCCACUGCUGCCCUCGAGGUUGGGGAGAAGACCCCAUCACUCAUUUCCUGCCCCUCUGCCCCACGCAGAUUAGGCCGGCAGCCACUAAGGUGCCCCUUCCACUAGCCCCGGGUGUGUUUGGAACCCAGCGCCCCCGCCGGGGUUUUGGGUGGGGCAGAUCCCACCCGCGCAUCCUGUCUGCUCCGCCUUGGAGGUAGCAGGUUGUGGGCGGGCCAGCCAGUAGCAGAAUGAUGAAUAUUAACGAGCUCAUUGAAAUAGUGGGGGGUGGGGACCUUGUUUAAUAAUAAAAGUGAUUCUGUA